UUUCAGCUGCAAGGAACUUCCUCUUUCUUCAAAGGGACCGAGUAAGUGUUGUUUCUGAGAAGGUGCAUCCCGCUGUUGCCUUCUAGUUUGCGCUUGAGAGAUCAAGUGUUUUGUGAAGUGGAGGGGCUGUCAUGAGCCAUUUUGUGACUCUUCAUGUUUUUGAUGUCAAACCUCAGCCAACGGCAAUGGAACCCCUGGAUGUGCUGAGGAACUGCUUGGUGUGCAAAUGGGACCUGUGCAGGAGAGACCCCAGGAUGCUGCCUUGCCUUCACUCCUUCUGUAAGGACUGCCUUCCAGAGCUGAUUCAGGGAUACAGCUACAUUUCCACUGGGUGUGAAGUUCUUUAUGAAGAUUUUAGAAACAUGCAGGGAUAGAAGAUAUUUUCCCUGAGGUGAUGAUUAUCUGCAUUGAUGUGAUAACAUAAACUAGGUAUUCUUUCCUGCCCGGUGUGCAAACAGACCUGUUUUGCAAGAGAUGUAGUUGAAAAUUGCUUUCUCAAGGAUUUUCCCACUGCUAAUUCAGCUAUGGCAAAGAGCUGCUCCACGUGUAAAGAGAAGAGACCUGCUCACAGUCUCUGUACGAGCUGCAAUAAGUGGUUGUGCAGCACGUGUACAGAGGAACACAGACAUGGCAAGGAAACUGGAGAUCGCUUCCUGUCUGUAUCCCUGAAGGGCUGCACAGCGACUGAAGACGAGGCAAGUGAGUUUCCCUUACUUUGUCCGGUGCACGCUCAAGAACCGCUCAAGCUCUUCUGUGAGUCCUGUGAUAUCCUCACAUGCAGCAGCUGCCUGCUGACAGACCAUAAGGAACACAGAUUCAGACAUCUUGAUGAAGCUUUGCAAAAUCAGAGAGCUAUCCUGGAAAAUGUCGUAGCUAAAGUGGAAGAGAAAAAAAGUGGCAUUCAGGUUUCAGCUAAACAGAUUGAAGACAGGUUGCUUGAAGUAAAACAUGUAUACAAAAAGGUAGAAAAUCAAAUCAAAAUGGCCAAGAUGGUUUUGAUAAAUGAAAUCAAUAAACGAACAAACAUCCUUCUUGAACAACUUGAAAAAAUCACAAAUGAAAGGAAGCAGAAAUUGGAGCAACAACUGCAAGGUGUUGUGGUUUUAAGUACACAGGUUGAACACGUGCAGAACUUUGUCAACUGGGCAGUGUGCAGUAAAAACAGCAUCCCAUUUCUCUUCAGUAAAGAACUGAUUGUAUUUCAGAUCCAGCGCUUGUUAGAGACGAACUCUAACACAGACGUAGCCCCUCCUCUGAAGAUCAGAUUUACUUGGGAUCCCUCCUACUGGAGUAAGCAACUGUCCAAUUUUGGAGGUUUCACUACAGAAGGUGGACCCUUUACACAUUCAGAUGUCCUCCUCUAUGGCAAUGUGCAAGGAUUACAGACACCCUUGUAUCAUGGGCACCAUUGCCCAGUGUCACAGCUGGAGCCUGUGAAUAGCCAGCCACAUCAGUUUCCCCCUGCAGCUCAGUGUCCUAUUCCGGUGUGUUGCUCACUCUGCCUCAGUAUACCUCACCCAAACAAAGCUCAGCCUUCUCACCAGAACAUACAUCCCCAUCAGCAUUUUCGACAGCCUCCCGAACUGCAUCAGCAGCACUUUCCUCUGCAGUACAGCGUGCAACAACGUGACAAAGAGCAGAGGAGUGUUUCCCAGCCUCUGAAGCCAGCACAGUCUGGGCUAGAGCAGCAGUCAAGGUCCGAGUCUGAGAAUGCAUCUGGAAGGACAGGAAAGCACUUAUCAUCCCAGCAGCUGCAACAGACUGCACCUCUGGGUUAUGCUGUUGUAUCACAUGAGGCUCAGCAAGUUCACACAAGCCAUCCACAGCCAUUUAGCUCACAGACAUCAACUGUGCAAGUGCAGCUUGGCCAUCUUCAGAAGAUAAAGUCUAACCACGUGCAGGAGCCACCACAGCAGCAGCUGUCACCAGCAUCACCACCUCCAAGUCAAUAUGAAAACACCCACAAACAAGUCAUGCAGCAGAGCCUGGACAUAAUGCAACACCAGUUUGAACUGGAGGAGAUGAAAAAGGAUCUGGAGCUUCUUCUCCAGGCCCAAGGACAGUCCAGCUUGCAGCUGAACCAAGCCAAGCCACCUCAGCAUGUUCAACAGACCAUAGUUGGUCAGAUAAAUUACAUAGUGAGGCAACCAGCCCCAGUUCAGCAACAAAUUGAAGAUGAAGCACAAGUCUGUGAGAAUUCCACUGAACUUGAUGCCCAGAAGCCUGUAGUUCCUCUUGAGAGAAGCGAUGUACCAUCCAUGUCCCAAUCAUUAGAUGAAGAAGUCAGUGUCAGCAGUCACUCCCCUGAGACAACACCGCAACAAUCAACUUUCCAUCCAGUGAGAAAGCGUUCAGCAUCAUUAGGCAUUGUGGGCUUUUCAAACGAUUUAGAAAUGGAACUACCUUCAACAAGAUUAUCUAGGUCGGCCGAUCCACAGGUGCAAGGCAUAGGCUCUGCAGCACUUAGCCCAUCCCUGAACACCCGCUGUGACUGUGAUACUCCACCAGAGCCAGUGCCCAGCUACAGCUUGGCGUUGGGAAGAACUCCGGCUGAGCUGAGCCCUGGGGUUUCUUCUACCCUCAUACCAGGUGAUGCACAUCAUCAGGGCAGCGCUAAGUGCAAGCUGGAAAAUGAAGACUUCAAUACUGUGGAUCAUCAUCCAGAAAACAGCUUGGCUACAGCUGGGCAAGAUGUAGUGAAUGAAUUAAGUCUUUCUAUGCAAAAUGUUCUGGAAGAACCUAUUAAUCUUUCGGUCAAAAAAUCUCAGUGUUGUACUUCUCCUUCUGAUCUGCUCAGCAAUAAUUCUGUUCUUCCUGUGAAUGCCAAGAUGAGACCACUUAGAAAUGAAGAAGAUUCCAAUAACUGCGAAAAGGAACAUUUUGAAAUGGUUAUGAAAGGCAAUCAGAAUGUCAGUGCUUGCCCUGGAGAGCUGAAGAUCCCCUAUGUGAGACUGGAACGUCUGAAAAUAUGUGCAUCAGAAUCUGGGGUGCUACCAGUUUUUAAACUCCAACCACAGGAGAGUGGGCAGGAGGGCAAUUUCCUCCUAAUAAUUGAGAAUGGAACCCAGUCUUCAAGUAUGGCUAUAAAGAUAAAUAAAGGUGGUUCACCUGAAGGACUGAAAUCCAAAGAGGAGAACUCAGAUGACAGAAAAUGUCUCGUAGCCCAGGCUGUGGGACAGAUAAAAUCCCCUGUAGAUACUCCAUCUGUUGAUCAGAAGCUCACCAAUGGCACCUCCAUCAUGAAAAAAUCUCCAGUUACUCAGGAAGUCAAUACAAUUGAGAACGAGGACUUCUGUGCCGUCUGUCUUAAUGGAGGAGAACUACUGUGCUGUGAUCACUGCCCCAAGGUCUUCCAUCUCUCCUGCCAUGUUCCAGCCCUACUCAGCUUUCCAGUGGGAGAAUGGGUGUGUACGCUCUGCCGUAAUCCAGUGAAACCAGAGGUAGAAUACGACUGUGAAAACACACGCUAUGCUCACAGUUAUAAUGCACAAUAUGGCCUUGAUGACUGUGAUCAGAAGAAGUGUGAAAAGCUGGUGCUUUCCCUGUUCUGCAGUAGUAUGAGCCUUCCGUUCCAUGAACCCGUCAGCCCCUUGGCUCAACAUUAUUAUCAGAUCAUCAAAAGGCCGAUGGAUUUGUCAAUCAUACGAAAAAAGCUGCAAAAAAAGGAUAAGUUCCACUAUUCUGCACCUGAGGAACUUGUGACUGACGUGCGUCUCAUGUUCUGGAACUGUGCAAAGUUCAAUUAUCCAGAUUCAGAGGUUGCUGAGGCUGGACGAUGUCUAGAUAUAUUCUUUGAGGGCAAAUUGAAAGAGAUUUAUCCGGAUAGGCACUUCCCUUCAGCGCAACAAGACGACAGUGAUUGUGAAGAGCUGGAGAGCCAGAACAGCAAAAUGCCCCCCCAGGAUUUUCACUGGCCAUCACAUGAACAGGAGUGUGUUCAACCUAAAAGGAGGCGGCGCCACGCUGUAAGACUGCAAAAACAAAAGCAUUUAGUUGCUAAGUGGCCACCCUGCUAAUUCUGUUUACAGCUACCGAUGGGAAGUUUUGACGGUGCUGUGUGGGAAAACUGUCAAGCUUCUAUCACAGAGAUGUGAUCAGUUCUACAGUUUUAUGUCAAGAUCCUCUCGGUGGAAUAAAGUGUCAGUUGUGUAUAAGUGCGUGAGAGUGAACAAGUGAAGUCUCUCAGGCCACGCAGUUAUCUUCCUAGCAGAAAACUCUGUCAAGUUUUUUUUUUAAAGACUAAGCCCUCUAGCUAUUCACUGUUUGUUUCCUUUGUACACAGGAAAGUGACAAAACUAAAAGAAUGACGUUUCAGACAGCUAACAGCCUUCCUCAGGUGUGACCUCCUGAAGAUACCGGAUUUGCAGUGAGGAAUCCAGCAGAAUAACUGACAGAGUUAAGGUGUGUGGGAGGAAAGCAAAGCACUCGGGCUGUUAAUUUAUAUUCUCCUACUCUGCUGACCAUAUGCCUUAUUUGUAGAUCUUGUGGAUAGAUAACAGAUCAAAAGUGUUUGAUUCUGUCAAUAUUCCAUCUGUUAAAUCACGUAUACGUUUUGCGAUGUUUACACUGAAGUACCAACGUUUUGGUGAUAGGUAAUGAUUAAUAAUAAAAGUAACAUGCUAAUAAUAUUUAAAAUUUCAGUACCACUUCAUAAUCUGUUCAGCAUGACAUCUCUAUUUUAUAGAACACGGGUAACCAUGUAAUAAUCUCGUAAUGACAGUGUGAAUAUCGGCCGCGCUUUGUGAUAAAUACAAUGUGUGGUCAUAAGACAUAAUCCUGUUGUCUUAUUCAAUGAUGUUUCUGGGAGCUUGACUGCUCGAGGCCUAUGGGAUACAGUCUAAUGUGAUUAUCUGAUUAGCUGUUUCUUUUGAAGCAGAGCGUUUUCAUUAAAUGACUAAAGAGCUAGUGCAUUAUGUGAAACUGCUCUGUGUGAGCUGCUGCUGAGUGCAUGCUGGAUGCUCGGUUUGCAAGGAGUGAUUCUCCUGGUAUUUAAUUCAUGCUCUGUAAGGGAGUGCAGAAUUUUUGAGGUCCUCAAAGGCAGCAUUACUACAUAACCCAGGCCAGCUGUUUUUCUUUAAAGCGGAUAACUUUAACUGUGGAGCAGUUUACAUGGUUAUAGAAGUGCCUAUAAAAUAACAUUGUGUACUUCUGAUUUUCUCUUAUUUCUGUUUAUUUCUUGUAGUCGUGAUGAUUAGCAGUGCUAGAAGAUGAUGGUAAUGUGUAUAUGUAGAAGCUCAUGCAGGAUGAAAGGAUGCCUAAGCUUUUGUUGUCCUAAAUGGCGCAUCGUAUUGGCAGAACAACUCCAAGGGCUGAAAGAGCAACUUUAGAGUUCACUGGAGCAAAGGAUAGCGUGUAAUUGCAAAGCCUAAGGGGUGGGAUAGGUAACAAAACAUGAUGCCUGAUCAGAGUGAUGGUUUGCAAGCUACUUUCCUCCUCUUCCAGAAGCAGAUGAGCCGGAUAUUCACAUGGCCAAUGCUUUCUCCCCGUGUAUGUGAGGAGCGUCUUCCUCUAUAGAGCUCUGCCUAGCAGUGUAAAGCUGGGCUGUGCUCUGGCUCUGAGAGAGAAGGGUUGUUGCAGAUCUCAUGCACAAUUAGAGUUCAUUUUAAUUAGCGUCCUGUAAAUAAAGAUGAUAUUUUCAGCUUAGUUUAUAAUGGGCUAUUUGGUCUGGUAACCAUGUAUGUUAUUUUAGAUAACACUUUAAAGUAAAGGUUUAUAUAUCAAAUAAUAAGAUGUGAAUGUUAUAUUCUGCUGUCUGUGACUUACUGUUUGCCAUUAACUUGGUAGUGACCUGAUGCUUUCCUUUCUUUGAAAAAAUAAAAUUCUGGUUAUUAUAAGCUGACUGGAAAACUGUGAGAUCAAAGGGAUACCCUUUACCAUUCCCAUGUGUGAAUUCUUAUGUGCUUGCUUUCUGUCAAACCUGUGUUCUCAAAACAGUAAGUAUCUUGGCACUUAGAAAUAAGUGCAGGUUUGUAACUGAAUUAAUCACCCUUAUCUGUGUCAUCUUUUCUCAGCUGGCAAUUAAUUCCUCUGCUAAAGACCAAUCUUUUAGCAUUAAUGGCGCAAAAAUGAUAUGCUGUAGCUUUCAGCUGGUGGUAAAGGUGGAAAUAGGAAAGACUCAUCACUUUCUUUUUUUUUUUCCUGGAGGAGUGAACAAGAACAUACUUUAUUUCGCAAAGGCUGUAAGUUUGUAAAUUGUAUCAUUAGUUUUGGAGAAUGCCUGUUCUAAUCAAAUGUAUCCAAGAUAUAUUUUCCCUUUAUUAAAAAUAGGAGUGCAUUAGUUUGUCAUCGUAUGUCAGAAAUUUGUCCGGAUGAGUUCUGGUGGGAUACUAUGGCCUGAGCACUCUUAAGGCUAACCUGUUUUUCUUGGGAUUACUUCUGUAAGACAUAGCAACAGUUUUUAAACAUAUUCAUGGACUACAUGUCAUGCUGGAAAGGAAAACAAAAACUGAAUUUGUAAGUAUGUCUUCACAUACUUUCACGCCCAAACUGUGGGUCAACAGCAUUCAGAAAGGGUAAUGUGAUGCUUGAGUGCUGUAAGCAUAACAUUAUGCUUUUCAGGAGUUGCCCUCAGAUUGCUGGCUUGAUAUGUUCUUUCUGCUAAGUGCCACACCACCAAGGCCUAUACAUUCUCAGGGAGUUUACUCUAUUGAAACCCAAUUACACGCUGGUACUGGCACUAAGGUAUGAAAGGAAGGAGAUCUCCCUUCUAAAAUCUAACAGCCCACGUGGCCCAAACAAAAGUGAUACAUUAUGUAGUUACUUUUCUUCUAUCACACAACCUGUUUCACAAUUCAGAAUGUAUAGGAAGGGAGAGCAAGGAGGAAUCUCCCAAGUUUUCCACUGGACUGCAGCAGAAACAAGUGCCAGGAACAUUGUGGAAACACCAGCAAAUGCACUAGGCUCCUGCAAAUGCAACCAAGGUCACAAUUUUUCCUUUUACCUUUUGUUACACGUGCAAUAGGAAAAUCAUCUUUAUGCUUAUGUGGCUGAGGUAGAGAAUAAUUGUGCUUCAGUAAUAAAUCUGUUGAAGAAGAAAUAACAAGCUACACAUUUGACUUUUAUACCCCUCCAGACAAUUUCAAAGGUAUACUUCCAGUAUCAUUACAGCAGAAUGAAUGACGUUACAGUUAAUACAAACAGGUGUUUAACAACUUAGAUUAUCAAGUGAUUGCAUAUUUAUAUAUGUAACGUGCUUUGCUGAACAAUAAAAUAUGUGAAACGUA